UUGAGAGUUGAGAGUGGGAGACAUUUGAGAUGUUGAAACUGAGAAAGUUGAGCAGAGUGAGAGGCGGAGAAUUGGGUUGUGGGAGGUGGAAUCGGUGUUAUUCAAAGUGGAGUGAUGAAGUUGCAGAGGAAGCUCCCAGUUCCGGAAUCUGUAGACCUCUCUCUGAAAUACUGAAAGAGCUGAACAAGAAAGUCCCUGACUCCCUCAUCAAAACCCGCCUCGAGAAAACCGACGGUUUCCCCAUCAGAUACAUUCCCUGGCAUGUUGUGAACCGCAUUUUGAACUUACACGCUCCUGAGUGGUCUGGUGAGGUUCGGAAUAUCACCUAUUCCGCCGAUGCCAAGUCUGUCUCCGUUGUCUACCGAGUUACCCUUUAUGGGACUGAUGCUGAGAUAUUUAGGGAAUCAACUGGUACUGCUUCGGUAGAUGACACAAGUUAUGGAGAUCCUGUACAGAAGGCCGAAGCAAUGGCUUUUCGUAGAGCUUGUGCACGCUUUGGCCUGGGGCUCCACCUUUAUCAUGAAGAGGCGUCCUAAUCAAGCAAUUAUGCUUCUCAGGGUCAAUGUUUUGAUGAUUCCCAUCGAUUUGCUGUUGCUUUUUGUCUAUGAUCAUUUGAGAUGAGAUCAUACAGCAACAUUAGUACUAGAAGGGAAGCAUUUUGUUAUAACUUGGUGGCUUCAAUCUCUGUAUGUCAGGUUUGCCAUAUGUUUUAUCUUAUGGACGCGAUUGGAACAAUUCAUGUAUUAUUACAUAUCUGAUGUAGAACAGUAAAAAUAUGUUCAAAAUUUAUUCGCAUAAUAGUUUAUUAAUUACUAAUAGCAUUUUAUA